AUGAAAAUUUUUGAAUUAUUUUUCAUAAUUUUGGCUACAUGGCAGCUCGGAGUUACUCAAGCUGCAAAUAUUAUGGGAAUUUAUACUUUUGAUAUAAAGUCUCAUUACUUAUUUGCCCAAAAUUUGUUGAAGGAACUUGCUUUGGAUGGACAUAAUGUGACAGUUUUCACGGGAUUUGAAACGAAAAAUUUGCCGCCAAACUAUCGGGAAGUCAAAUUGAAUCUUGCAAGCUUAGAUGAUUUCAAAAAAACGAUGGCAAAAGAUGGAUCGGUAUUCAACAUGUUUUCAUACUUUAAUAAAUUCAACGAAUUUGCCUUAAAUUCAACAAAAGCUCUCCUUGUUAAUGACGAAUAUAAAGCUAUGGUAGCUUCCAAAAAUGUAGAUGUCAUUCUCAUGAACUUUGCUGAAAAUCCUUUAUUUCUCGGAGUUGGCAAAGAGCUAAAUGCUCCAAUUGUCAUUACUUCGGCACAAAAAAUGACCUUAGUUAUGGAAUACUACACAGGAGCUUAUGCUCACGAUUCUUUUGUGACGAACAUCUUAUUGCCGAUUGCGGAUGAAAUGUCUUUCAAAGAACGUUUGAUAAAUACUUUAACGAAUUGGUUGAGCAGAAUUUUAUUUGAAAUCCUAAAACUUCAAUAUAAAAAGGACCAUGAAGAACUUUUCCCGAAUGUUCAGGAGACUUGCAACGAAGUAAGGAUCAAUGCAGUUCCUUUAAUGCUUGUGAAUAGUCAUUUUAGUCUUGAUCGCCCGAUGCCUUAUAUGACAAACAUGAUUGAAACCGGAGGAAUGCAAAUCCCUGACGUUGUUAAUCCUCUUCCUACUGAUCUUCAAAAGUUCAUAGAUUCAUCGAAAGAUGGCGUGAUCUACUUUUGCAUGGGCGGAACUUUGAAAAUGAAAGAUCUCGAUCUGGAAAAGAAAAAAAUCAUCAUUGAAGGUUUAAAAAAGACAAAACUUCCUGUAAUCAUCAAAUGGGAUGACGAAUCAACUAUUCAAGAGUUCAUUCCAAAGACCAAAUUCUUCGCUUCUAAUUGGUUACCUCAAAAUGACAUCCUUGCCAACCCAAAAGUCAAGGCUUAUGUCACUCAUGGAGGAUUAUUAAGCACCACAGAGGCAGUGUAUCAUGGCGUCCCGAUCAUUGGCAUCCCAAUAUUCGGCGACCAACGAACCAACAUCAACAAAUUCAUUAAACGCGGUAUCGCUGUCAAGCUAGAUUACGAAAAUCUAUCAGCUGCAUCCUUAUCUUCGACCAUCAACAGUGUCAUAGACGAUAAGAACUUUGCUGCGACAGCCAAAACCUUAUCUCAUCGAUUCCGAGAUCGUCCAAUGACACCUGUUCAAACGGGUAAAUAUUGGAUCGAGUACAUUUUGCGACACGGCAAUCCGGAUUUCAUGAAGUCGCCGGCGAUGAAGCUAACAAUGAUCGAAUAUUUCAACUGGGAUGUGUAUCUGAUGAUUCUCGGAAGUGUUUUGAUCAGCUGUUAUCUCGGAUGGAAGGUGUCGAAAUGCAUUUUUGGCAAAAUUUGGUCUCUUAUCUGCAGAAAAGAACAAAAGAAAUUGAUUAAAAAUAAGCAAUCGUAACUUUUUUGUUAAUAAUUUUUUUUCAUACAAGUCAUGUUUUUAUAAUUUUAUCAAUUUUUUUAAG